AUGUGGAAACUUUGUAAAGCAAUACAAAAAACUACUAGCUUGGUUCCAGGACUUAUACAAAAAGCACAUAUAACUAAGGUGAAUUCCAUAAAUGCUACCUAUAUCCAUACGAACGUAUCUUUAUAUGCUGUCAAGAAAACGACCACUGCUGCUGGAGGAGUCCUUGGUCUGGGUAAGGGUAAAAAGAAACUUGGCAAGCUAGGUACCAUGGAAAAGAAAGAAAUGCCUGUAGAGACAGAUCCAGAGAAACUAGUCAACUAUGUGUGUGGUUCUAAUAUAUAUGUCACUGGUGAAGAUGUUAAGUUAAAAGAUGAUAGUGAAUAUCCUGAAUGGCUAUGGACUUUACACACAGGAAAGCCUCCACGAAUUGAAGAAUUAGACCCUAACACAAAACAGUACUGGAUUCGAGUCCGGGCUGAGGGCAUGCGAAGGAACAACCGCUUGCAAUCCUUGAAAAAAUUC